AUGAAUCUCUCGCUGUACUCUAUCGCUGCAUUUAUCGUCAUGGACACGGAUGGACACCGUGUAAUGGCAAAGUAUUAUCGUCCAAAGCAUAAUCCCCUGCUGCAGCCACUCCCAGACACCAAGCAGCUCACGACGCUCAAGGAGCAAAAGGCAUUCGAAAAGGGUCUCUGGGAAAAGACCAAGAAACCAGGAGGCGAUGUAAUCAUCUACGACUCGUAUCUCGCUCUCUACAAGCACUCGUUGGAUCUAAUAUUUUACCUGAUCGGACCCCAGAGCGAAAACGAGCUCAUGCUUAGCGCCGCACUCAAUGCCUAUCUCGACGCGAUUUCGAUGCUGCUGAGGAACCAAGUAGAGAAACGAUCGGUGCUGGAAAAUCUGGAUAUUGUCGUUCUCUGCUUGGAUGAGACAAUUGAUGAUGGUAUAAUACUUGAAACUGAUUCAAGCGCAAUCGCCUCCAGAGUCAGCAGGCCACGAGUGGAGACGUCGGAGAUGAUGCUCAAUGAGCAGAGCAUCAUGAACGCGUAUCAAACGGUCAAAGAAAGGAUGCAAAGAGGCUUUGGUCCUUUCUAG